ACCUAGUUCAUUGCAUUAUCUUGGUUCGAAAUGCCGGUGUGCAUUUUGCCAACAUUACUCGCAAAAUUAACAGAUAUUUGCUGAUAAUUUAAUAUAGAGAAAAACAUGUUAUCUCUAUAUCGGAUUCGGUUGUACUUGUUUGAUAAGUGUCAGCCUGAGGAAAAUAAACAAUCAUUCACACUGUCGUAAAUGUACAAUUCUGUUGACAUUUCCUGUAGAUACUGUUUUGGUUUCCGUUGUAAUAAUGGCUUUAAAGCAUAGCAUUUUUAUGGGUUUCAUUCUGACACUUUCAAUCUCGCAAUAGAUGUAGGGCUAAUUUAUGCAGAGAAUUUUCAUCGUGCGCAAAGCCGCUUGCAUCGUACAAUAUUUGUUUAUGACGCCCAGACUUACGGAGUCUAUAAAAGGCGACUGGAUUUGAAUUCGUACAUUGCUGUGUGUUACAGUUAUAAUAGAAAACCGCUUUAAAGAAUAAAUACCAGUUAGCACUCAUUACCCUGUACCUGUUUAUUGUUUGUGUUGGGUCUAGUAUUUCGAUGGUUGAAUAUACAGUUUUGUGUUGGCAGCAUAUUACAAUAUUGCCAGUCAGCUUUUAAACAAGUUUCCCACUUGGGUUCUUGCAUACCUGUUUGUUGACUGAGCAGCAAGUGGGUGGUAUUUGAAUAUCUCAGCGAAAUGGCCAAGAAAUCACAAACGAACGUGCGUAAAGGGCCCGGAACUCUAGGCACAGCGUAUCUUUUCGCAUAUAACGUUGUCCAGUUCUUGGGAUGGUCGUAUAUUCUCUUCCUUACUAUAAGACAUCAUUUGCAGCCCUCGAAAAGUGUUAUAUUGUGGGAAGUUGUUAAACUUCCUAUAUGCAUCUUCCAGAAUGCAGCUGCCCUAGAGAUACUUCAUGCAGCCUUGAAGCUUGUACCAUCCAGUGUAGUGGUAACAACAUUCCAAGUCUUUUCACGAGUAUUUGCAGUUUGUGGUGUUCUUCUUGCAACUCCUACAGCACCACUUAGUAUUGGUGUAUCCCUUGCUAUGUUGGCUUGGUCUAUAUCAGAAAUAACUCGUUACCUAUAUUAUGCACUCAACAUUGCGGGAUUUGUGCCAUACGCUUUGAUAUGGUGCAGGUAUACUUUUUUCAUGGUUUUAUAUCCAAUUGGUAUAACAGGAGAACUGCUGUGCAUGUAUGCUGCCCAAACAUACAUUUCAAAGACCAACAUGUGGAGUAUCAGUUUACCAAAUCCAUUUAAUUUCACAUUUAGUUACAGCUAUUUUGUCAUUAUUAUCAUGCUGCUUUACAUACCAAUAUUCCCAAAAUUGUUCCUGCAUAUGGUUUCUCAAAGAAGGAAGUUUUUAGGAAGUCCUUCCACCAAGAAGGAAAAAUAAAUAAAGGGAGAGAAAAGGGUGUUUGAAUAAGACAAUAAUUUGUUGAAGGCAAAGGAAUAUAUAUAUAUGUAUGUGUGAUUUUUAAGAGAAUCUUGUUUUAUACAUAUUUUAUAUUGAUGUUCUAAAAAUAAAAACUUUUGUAAAACUA